AUGGUGAAGAAGCGGCCAGCAAGCAAAGCUAAGGCCGCAGACAAAGUCAAGAAACCGCCCGGUGCCUACAACAAGCCCGUGAGUGCGAAAGCGUGGGCCGCAGACAAGCUGGCGAGAUCCAAGGGCCGAGUACACAUCUUCAACUCGACCCGGCCGCAUGGCAUGGAUGGCUGGACCAUGGACUUGAAGCAGUACAACUUGAUGCGGAAGCAUAUCUUGGAGUGCAUCAAGAAGAAGUCGGACGCGUCCGGGGCGGUUGCGUUGCAAUAUGUUGUGAACUCCGCUCAGGAGCGCUACAAGUCUCACUCGCUAUUCCCGAAAGGAAGGCUCACCAACUACGUGAGAUACACCAAGGUGGAUUUGGAAGCCCGGGGAGAGAUCGAGCGAAUGCCCGGCUCCGGGUCACAGCGAAUUCGCUUAAGAUGA